UGCAGCUUCAUGCAUCCGGAACUGCAAAGUGCAAACCAAAACAUCAGGUACUGAGGGCUCAUUCAUUAAUUCAUUCAGAAUGGAGGUCCGCUUCACGCGAGGCAAAUCUGCAAUACUGGAGCGAUCGCUCACGCGUCCCAAAACGGAGGUGAGCCUGAGCGCGUUCGCGUUGCUCUUUUCAGAGAUGGUCCAGUAUUGCCAGAGUCGCGUAUACUCGGUAUCUGAGCUCCAGGCCCGGCUGGCUGACAUGGGUCAAGGCGUUGGAUCUAGUCUACUGGAUGUUCUUGUGAUGAGAGAGAAAAAUGGAAAAAGGGAGACUAAAGUAUUAAACAUACUUCUCUUUAUUAAGGUAAAUGUAUGGAAAGCAUUGUUUGGCAAGGAAGCCGACAAAUUGGAACAAGCCAAUGAUGAUGACAAAACGUACUACAUCAUUGAAAAGGAACCACUGAUAAACACCUACAUAUCUGUACCUAAAGAGAACAGCACAUUAAACUGUGCAGCCUUCACCGGGGGCAUCGUGGAGGCAAUCUUAACCCACAGCGGCUUCCCGGCCAAAGUUACUGUUCACUGGCAUAAGGGGACCACACUUAUGAUUAAGUUUGACGAGGCAGUGAUUGCUCGUGAUAAAGCUAUUGAUGGCAGAUAAUAUAUUGUUGAGCAAGUCAGGGUUAAGUUUCAUGUUUUACCCUUUUUGACUUGUCUAUAGUCUGUCCAUGGCCCUCCUGUUUUCAUAUUGAUGUUACAAAAUAUACUUUAUGGUAGGGAUAUUAUCACAGAAUGCAGAAAGAUCAGUAUUUUAUUUUUAUAUUAAUUUAUUUAUUUAUUACUAAAAAUAAAUGUAAUAGUAUUGAAUAGAAUGUUAUGUUUGAGUCCUAGUGACAUGAGUAUCAAGGGUGCAUAUGCAUGUUAUUACACUGACAUACCCUGUACUGGGAGAGAUUCAGGUGCUCAUGGAUCUAAGCAGAGAAGAAUCCAGUCAAGACCAUAGAUUCAGUGCAAUGGAUGGCAAAUGACGUCACACGUACAUCACCCAGACAUAUACUUGAAGUGUGUGUUUACAUCUGGAAGACAUAUUUUUUAGGUUGUUUCAAUACGUCUAUAAUACGUAUCCUCUCAGAUGUCAAUAAGACAUUCAGCAGAUGUCUUAGAAACGUUUAUGAUUUAGAAUGUUGGUCAUUUUGAUCUUUUUAAGAUGUUUAGCAGAUUUUAAUUAGAUUGUGAUGCUUUCCAGAUGAAAAGAUCUAAAACAGACAUCUCAGAGACGUAUUUGUUUUAUCUGAGCUGGGAGAUUAAAUGUUUUUUGUUUUUUAUUGGCAUUAUAAAUUGUUUGUUGUAUUUUCUGAUUGGCUGUUCUGCAUUUGUGGCUUUGUGCAUUUGAAAAGUUCCUUCCAUCUUUCAUCCUUUGUAAAUUGUUAAGAGGAGGUGGGGAAAUACUGUUCCUUACAAACCAAGGUAACCAUAUGAUAACUAGCAUUUCUGUCAACUUCUGUCAAGUUUCUACAUUUAUUGUUUA